AUGGGGGAUGAUAACGAAUCCUUAGCGCUAAUUCUUAGGUUAACGAAAAUCGGAAAAGAUUACAGCUACAGCCAGCCAUCUUCAUCAUCAGACUCUCUAAACAUAACCUCCCUUCUUCAAGCAGAAGCUGAGAUGUACGCCGAUGAAGCUGACAGUAGCGACUGCAAUGCAGAGCCGGUUCAGUACCAACUUCAACCAGAGGCUGAUGAUGGAAUUCCGGCAUGCUACUGUGGUGCUGAGCCUGUUCUCGGAUGCUCUUACACUCCUAAAGAUCCAUACAGAAGGUACUUUACGUGCCACAAUGUUGACGAUGGAAACUGCCACGUUUGGAAAUGGUGGGACGUGGCAGUCAUGGAGGAGAUGAGGGACUUUCAGACACAACUUAGGCAGCUCAAGGAGGAAGGUGAUGAGAGUGAGCAGAAGCUGCUUAAUCUUGAGAAGACAGUAUAUGAGCUAUCAAAGAAGAAAUCAAGAGCUAAGCUAAUGGUGUGUCUAUUAGUUUUAAUAGGUUUGGUCAUAUUGAUUCUGCGUGGUUAGUAUCUGUCCUUAUGCUUUUUCGUUGUAGUUUAUGGAAUUUGGAUAACACAUUUGACUGUUUUAUCUCAUGUUUUUCAGGAAUAGUUGCAAAGGGUUCAAAGGAGCGUGGCGUACCUCGCGAGUUUCUGUAAUAAGGUACCUCAUAGUCUUUGUUCUUUGAAUUUUUUUAAAAACAAAUAGUAAUCUACUUUUGCUUUCUACCUUCCUAUCAGAAAUAAAAGCUAAAACUCAUUUAAUGAAUUGGUGUGAAAUGUUAAUUAUUUACUUUCUACCUUCCUAUCUGCUCUGAUUUGAUUGGCUUUAAUGGGUUCUUAGUUAGUACUUACUCGGAUUGAUAGUACUUAGUCUAGCUAGUAUAGUACUUAGUCGAAUUAGAUUGGUGUUAAAUUAAACUUAUUUGCUUUCUAUCUUCCCAACUGCUAUGAUUUGAUUGUUUUUAAUUGGUUCUUAGUUAUAGAUGUCUUACUUAAUGCUCUGUGUCGCUAGUAGAAUGGCACAGAGCAUCCUCUAACCAUAGCUAACACGUCUAGCUAUGUAGACCUACUACAUAGUCAAAUUCCAGUUGAGCUUGAGUCACCCGAACCUGUUAGGUUUGGUAUCCAAGUUCCUGAUGAGUCUGGUGUGAAGGAGAGGAGGAAAUAGUCUCCGAAAGAGGAUAAAAUCCUUAUUGGUGUUUGGCUUAACACCAGUAAGGACCCUGUCGUCAGCAACGAGCAGAAAGCUGAUGCUUUCUGGAAGCGGAUUGUCGACUACUUCAACGCAAGCCCUCACCUGGUUGGGACAAUACCGAGAGAGCUUGGUCCUUGCAAGCAGAGGUGGGCUAGGAUUAACGAGCAAGUAUCCAAGUUUGCUGGAUGCUAUGAUGCGGCUCUGAGGGAGCAGAGAAGUGGUCAAAAUGAUGAUGAUGUGAUGAAAGCUGCGUUAGACAUAUUCUUCAAUAAUAACGACUACAAGUUCACCCUGGAUCACUGCUGGAGGGAGCUGAGGCAUGACCAGAAAUGGUCCUCUACCUAUCUGGCUAAGGACGGAGGAAAGGAAAAGCGCAAACAAGUGUUUGAGGGUGAUAGAGAAGAAGAGAAAGUGGGAGAAGCAGAGGGUAGACUUAUCGGGGUAAAGGCUGCGGAAGCUGGUAAUAAGAAGAAGAAGAGUGGUAGAGAAGAGGAGUUGUCAUAGCUACAUGGUCUUUUAGAAAUGAAAGAAAAACUCUCUAGACAUAAACUCCUUGAGCGUUUACUCGCGAAGAAGGAGCCACUCUCUGAAAUGAAAACAAGUCUUAAACUCAAACUAAUGUCUGAAAUGUUAUGAUGUAUUAAUCUUGUUUUCAGGUAUUAAUCUUGUUUUGAGUACUUGCGACUUUAAAACUAUACUAACUGUUGUCUUAUUUGUUGUGUCAGGUUCAGCUCAUGUGAACCAAGUCACGGGUUCUUCUUGGAGGUGUGAAACAAGUCACAGGUGCAUUUGGAGGUGUGAAAGUCUUUUGGUAUUUAGCUCAUGUCACGGAUUCUUCUUGUCACGGGUUCUUCUUGUUUCACGUUAUGUAUUAUAAGUAGUAGUCAUGCCUCAAGUUGUAUUCUCAAGUUGUAUUCUCUUGUUCAUCAAAACUUGUAUUCUCUUGUUUCCUCAAGUUCUUGUGUUGCUCGGAGAGUUUGUAAUAUUUUGGUACAAUGUACUUGUAAGAACAAGAAGUUGCUUCUCUUUCUUCUGUUGCUUCACUUUAUAUCCCCAAUAUCGCAAACACUUGCUCUUCUCUUGCGCCUCAGUUUAGGUAACACAAACACUUGCAAACACUUGCGCCUCUGUUUAGGUAACACAAACACUUGGGCCCUGUUCGUUUGUACAUCUGGAAGAUGCAUCCAGAUGGUCCAUCUAGAUGUCUUAUCAAGAUGCUCCAUUUGGGUGUUGUUUGUUUCUUCA